AUGUAUUUGUCUCAGAUCUUCUUCGCUGCAUUGGUCACUGCUUUACCAAGUAUUCUGUUUGAUCGCGCUAUCUUACCAGAAGUUUCCAUUCCUGUUGAUUUCUCUUUCGAAGUCCAAGUUCCCACAACGUUGACCUCUACGUCAUCUAGACCCCUGGCUCUCCUUGUCAACAGCUAUCAGUUCAGUAUUCCUCAAACAUCCAAAUCCGGAACUCUUGUUUCAUGGUUGGCAAACUAUGCAGCCGGUAAUGCAUACAACACACAAGUCACUUCCAUCGAUCCUUCUGCUCCUCGAAACAUCACCACAAUAUCUCAGUCCACAUCAAAGGAUGGCGGUAAUUCGUUCACCAAUGCUACUGCGCUAGCUGAUGGUACCAAAGCGCGCGUUGUCACCACAUCUUUCUCCUCAGGCAACGCGGCUUCAGCGGCUGCUGGUGCUCUCGAUGGUACUGGGACGACAUCCACUUCCUCUUCCGGUAGCUCCAACAGUACAGCUGUAGCAAUUGCCAAUGCCCUCGGUGACGUGAUCAUCAUGACCUCGGCCAACACUGUCACUGCUCUGGACUCGCAAUCAAUCAUGAAUGCCAGGGGCGCUGAGACCGCUUCCUCCUGUGCAGCAGACUCUGGCCCCGCCGCUUCUGCGGAAGCCGAGGUAGUCAACGAAUUGCUCAUUCCAAUAGGCGAGAGCCCGAACGGGUCGAACAUGUACUGGCUCAAGAGCAGUGCAUAUGCAGCGUGUGCAGCCGGAGUUGAUGCACCGAGCCAGGGUGGUAGUUCAAGCAGCGGUUCCCAAGCAUCUUUGACUGGAGUCAAGUCGACAGUAACAUGUAAUGGUAUCACAAGUAGCCAGCAACAGACGAGUACGACAUUCAAGGUUAUGGUUAGAGGGAGGUAUACGUUAUUGAAGGGGUUCAGCGGUGCGGUCGGGGGACAAAGGGUUGCGAGUAGUACGUCAAAAUGCUAG